UGUCCUCCUGGCCUUUAGAUGUCCUCGCAGGUGCGUCGGGUCUCUGGUUGCAGGGAAGGAAAUCUCAGGAAGAGGAGGAGGGUGGGCAAAAAUCAUGGCCGAGGAAGAAGAAGAUAACCCGCAGGCUCGGCAAAGCCUACAGGAGCUAGUUGACCAGCUGUACCAUUUCCGAGACCAUUACUUUGAGAGCCACAGUGUAGAGGAUGCUGGGAAAAAGCAGCAGGAUGUGCGGGAGGAGAUGGAGAAGACUCUGAAGGCGAUGGAAACAAUAGAAGGCCUGCAGCAGGGACAAGCCCACACACUGAUGCUGAAAGGGAAAGCUCUGAAUGCGUCUCCAGAUUACAGCGCCCAAGCUGAAGAGCUGCUCUCCAAAGCGGUCAAGUUGGACCCAGAGCUGGUCGAGGCCUGGAAUCAGUUAGGGGAAGUUUACUGGAAAAAGGGUGACGUCCCUGCUGCGCAUACCUGCUUCUCUGGAGCCCUGAGCCAUUGCAAAAACAAGGUGUCCUUGCAGAACCUCUCUAUGGUGCUACGGCAGCUGCGCACCACCUCCGCCGACGAGCACGCGCAGAACGUCAUGGAUAGCGUGCGGCAGGCCAAGCUGGCCGUGCAGAUGGACGUGCGUGAUGGCCGCUCCUGGUAUGUCCUGGGCAACGCCUACCUCUCUUUGUUCUUCAACUCAGGACAGAAUCCCAAGAUCUCUCAGCAGGCACUGAGUGCCUACGCUCAAGCAGAGAAAGUGGACCCCACGGCCUCGUGUAAUCCUGACCUGCACCUCAAUCGAGCCACGCUCUAUAAGUAUGAAGAAAACUACACGGCGGCUCUGGAGGGUUUUGCGCAGGCCGGAGCCCUCGACCCAGCUUGGCCAGAACCACGUCAACGGAAGCAACACCUUGUCGAUUUCCUGGAGAGGCUCACCAGCCUCCUUGAAAAUAAGGGAAAGGUGAAAGGGAAGAGGCUGCAAAGCAUGCUGGGAAGCCUGCGUCCCUCUCAGCUAGGCCCCUGUGGGGAUGGACGUUACCAGGGCCCUUCGGGUCAGAAGGUGGAGCUGAAGCAGCGGCCCCUGAACACCCUGAGGGCUGGGGUUAACCCAGGCACUGUGGUGCUGGGAAAAGUUCUCUUCAGCCUGACCACAGAGGAGAAGGUGCCUUUCACUUUUGGCUUGACGGACUCCGCUGAGGGCUCCUGUUUUGCUGUGACCGUUUACAACAUGGCCCAAAGCUGGGGGGUUCUGAUUGGGGACUCGGUGGCUAUUCCCGAGCCUCACCUUCGGCACCAUCACAUCCAGCAUCAAGGCAAGACAUUCGCCUUCUCGAGCAUCCGUGUGGAGACCCCCCUGCUGCUGGUGGUGAAUGGCAAGGUGCAGGGAUCCCAGAGCCAGGCUGCUGCCACGGUGGCUUACCAGGCACAGAGUGAAUGACUGGGGUGGGUGGGGGGAGGAAUGAAGGUGCGCCUCCCCUCACUGCCUAUCUAGCAGAGUUUGCCUUCUGGCCUGUAUUGAGGGUGGCACUUAGCAGACCGAGACGAACCGUGACUUAGGAUAAUGGCGCUGGUUGUGUCUCCUGUUUGGGCAUUGUAGAGCUGAAGGGAAGAGAUGGGGGAAGGAAAUGCCGUUUGAGCGUGUGCUCCGCCUGGAGAAUAGCUUUGCUCGGCUCCUCGAAAGCAUUCCAGUCCUGCCUGUGCUUGGAUUGACCAUUUUGAACAAAACAAGGCUUUAUCGGUCAGGAAAAAAAAAAGAGAGAGGGGGCCUGUGAUGCCCCUCCUUGUCUGUUCUUUCAAAGUCAUGCUAGGUGUGACGUUGAGGAUCUGCAGUCAGAUCCCCAAAUACGUAGCUGAGCCUUAAAAAUCAGCUGCAGCAGGUCCUGAAUGAAGUCACCAUUUAAAAACCAAAAACCCUGUGUGAUUUCCCAUGUCAGACUUCCUGGAAGGGAAAAGCAGCAGCCAAGAGAAGAUGCCUUUCAUAUUUCCCCUGCCUGGGGAAGGUGGACGGUGAUGGUUUCCAGGGUGUGUGGCCUAAUAUGCAAAGGAGGUCCUGUUACCAAAAAAGGCCUGAGGGUUUUGAUUAGGGGAAAUAGCUGCAGCUUUCCAAGGGAAUCCAGUGAUUCCCAAGCUAGCAUUUGCCCUCAGACUUCUCCCACUUUCAAGACAUUGUUUUAGUCUUCACUGUUGGAGGCCAGUUGCUCACUCCGGUUCAGUUGAGUUUGGGCCCUUCAAAUCCUUGGGCUCGAAGCCUUUUGCAAAACCCUGAUUGCUUAAGGUCUGUUAUCCUCGUGUGUGAGUGAAUGCGUGUGUGUAUAUAUGUAUAGGAGAUAACCCGUAUUUAUUUGGCAAAAGUUUGAGUUCGCUUUUGUAAGGUUUUUUAAUACAUUUUUCAGACUGUUCUCCCUAGGCAAUAAAUAUUUGUUUUUUGCCCUC